AUGUCAACCUCUGAAAAGAUUGCGAAGGAUGCCCGUAGGGCAGGUAACAUUUUGAAAACAAUUUCUAAUGAAAACAGAUCAAAAGUUUUGUACAAAAUUCAUGAUGAAUUGAAGGCUCAUGCGAAUGCCAUUCAGGAAGCUAACAAGCUUGAUCUGCAGACUGCAAGAGAGACUGGUUUGGCAGAUUCAUUGGUGAAAAGAUUAGAUCUUUUCAAGGGUGAUAAAUUUGAUACUAUGCUUCAAGGGAUUAAAGACGUUGCAGAACUACCAGAUCCCGUAGGUAAAGUCAAUUUUGCAAGAGAGAUUGAUGAGCAUCUAACUUUAUACCAAGUUACAGCACCAGUUGGUGUCCUGUUGGUGAUUUUUGAAUCUCGUCCAGAAGUCAUUGCCAAUAUCACUGCUCUGGCGAUUAAAUCGGGGAAUGCAGGUAUCUUGAAGGGCGGUAAAGAAUCUAUCAACACCUUUAGAGAGAUGGCGCGUAUCAUUGAUGGCACCAUUGCUCAAAAUGAAUCCCAAACAGGUGUUCCCGUUGGAUCAGUUCAAUUGAUUGAAACUAGGGAAGAUGUUUCUGACCUUUUGAGUCAGGACGAAUACAUCGAUUUAGUGGUUCCUCGUGGAUCCAAUGCACUUGUGAAAAACAUCAAGUCUUCUACCAAGAUCCCUGUCUUGGGUCAUGCUGAUGGUAUUUGCUCUGUUUACCUAGAUGAAGAUGCCGACUUGGAAAAGGCCAAAAGAAUCGUUUUAGAUGCAAAGACAAACUAUCCCGCCGGUUGUAAUGCGAUGGAAACUUUGUUAAUUAAUCCUAAACUUAAUAACUGGUGUGAAGUCUUGGAGUCUUUGGCUCGUAAAGGAGGUGUCACUUUGCAUGCUACCACAGAUGUGAAACAGGCUUAUUUGAAAUCUUUGGAAAAAUCUGGUCAUCUAGACGAAGAACUUGAAUCUAAGCUUGUCGAUGUUGAUGAAUCUAAGGAUUUUGACGGUGAAUUCUUGUCUCUAGAUUGUGCUGUGGCAUUCGUCUCCAGUACACAAGAGGCCAUCCAGCACAUCAAUUUGCAUUCUUCCAAGCAUACAGAUUGUAUUGUCACAGAAAAUACACCAAAUGCUGAACUCUUUUUGAAGGGUGUAGAUUCAGCUGGUGUAUAUUGGAAUGCAUCGACAAGAUUUGCUGAUGGUUUCAGAUACGGUUUUGGUACUGAGGUUGGUAUUUCCACAUCCAAAAUCCAUGCCCGUGGACCAGUGGGUCUAGAUGGUCUUGUUAGUUACCAAUAUCAACUAAGAGGUAACGGUCAAGUUGCCAGUGAUUAUCAAGGUGCAGGUGGCUCUAGAGCUUUUGUGCAUAAAGAUUUGGAUGUCAGUCACGUAUCCUUGUAA